AUGACGGCCGACGAAAGAGCAGCAACUGCAACUGUAGCUGGAUCCCUAAAGUUUGAGAAUGGUCUGUACGAGGUAGGAAUCCCUUGGAACGACGGAGAGCCGAAGUUGAUUAUAGAGAGUGCUCAGGAUCUUCGACGUCAGUUAUCGCAAGCAUCCCCGAGAGUGACCGGUUAUCUGCUGUUGAAAUUAACAAAGAAGAGCCGUAUAAAACCAAGACUCUGGGAGCCUUGUGGGAUCCUGAAAGAGAUGUAUUUACCUUCAGAGUGGAAUAAAACCCCUACGAAACGUAAUGUACUGAGCGCCAUAGCUGCUGUAUACGACCCCCUUCAGUUUCUCUCGCCAUUCCUUGUUCGGGCUAAGAUUCUCAUGCAAGAGACUUGGAGAGCAGGUUUGGAUUGGGAUGACGACCUUCCAAGUGACCUAGCAACUAAGUGGAAGAACUGGGCUACAGAACUUUCGCAGUUAUCACAUGUCGCCAUACCACGCCUCUGCCUCUGAAGACGUCUGCGCAUCAGUCGCUUAUUUGGUGUGCCAAUAUGAAGACGAUAGCCCUACAUCACGCCUUGUCGCAUCAAAGUGCCGUGUAGCCCCCACCAAAGCGAUGACGAUUCCCAGACUGGAGCUUAUGGGUGCCAUUCUCUCAAGCCGUUUAGCUCAAAGUCUUCUGAAAGUCCUGACUGUCGAUCGAGUGAUCUUUAGGACUGACUCCGAGAAUGUGUGUUAUUGGGUACGAAACCACAGCCGGCAGUUUAAACCCUUCGUAGCCAACCGUAUCGCAGAAAUUCAACGGACGACGAGUCCCGAGCAAUGGAGGCAUGUACCUGGGAUACAGAAUCCAGCAGAUCUAGCGACCCGAGGUCAAUCUGCUAUGGAACUAGCCAAAAGCUCAUUUUGGUUGGAAGGACCAUCGUUCUUGAAAGAUGUCGAGAUCUCGGGGCCAUCAGCGCCUUCCGUUAGAGAGGAGACGAAAGUUGAAGAUAUUGAAAAUACAGUGGCACAGAUGUACAUGGUCCAGGCGCGCGUUAACCUGGGCGUUAUCCAAACCAUUUUUCUACCUUCCGUCGCCUUUGUCGUGUGACUGGAUGGGUUCAACGAUUCGUUACAAACUGCAGACUUCCAAUGAAUUACGAAAACGAGACAGAACGCUUUGUUCAACUGAAAUACUUAAUGUGGAAAAGUGGUGGAUCAAACAAGCGCAAGGAUAAGCUUUCCCGAAAGGAGAGCGAGAAGGAUGUUUACUGCGACUUAGUCCAAAGAACGGUGACGAUGGUCUUCUGAGGAUGGACGGACGUUUAAGACUUGCGGAUGAACUAUUCUACAACACAAAACACCCCAUUUUAUUGCCAAAAAAGCACGUGGUGACCCGACUCAUCAUGAAGGAUGCACAUGAAGGGCUCGGACAUGGUUCCGGAGUUGAGCAGGUUCUAACACUGCUACGCAGUCGUUUCUGGAUCGUAAAAGGAAGACGCGCGGUAAGGAAUAUCGUUGAGUCAUGUGCGCAAUGUCGACGACGUUUUUCUGUAAAAACAGCCGAGCAGAAGAUGGCACCGCUACCCAGACCGCGACUUCAAUCGUUACGAGCUUUCGAAAGAGUCGGAGUGGAUUCUGGAGGCCCAUUUCGAACGAAGCAAGGACGAGGCAAAGCCAAAUCAAAGAGAUACCUAUGCCUAUUUACUUGUCUAGCGACAAGGGCUGUUCACCUUGAGAUGUCCCUUUACGCGAAUGGUAUCGAGGAGGGGGACGCCCGUAUAUGUUAUAUCGGACAGUGGGACCAAUUUCGUGGGCGCAGAGCGGGAGAUGAGAGAAUUAGUUCAAGCUUUUAACCACGACAAAAUUGCCCAAGAAACCACCAAGUAUCAACCUAUUGAAUGGAAAUUCAAUCCUCCAUCGGCCCCUCAUUUUGGAGGGAUUUUUGAGGCUAUGAUAAAGAGCGCCAAGAAGGUAAUAAAAAUUGUCCUAGGAGAUGCAGAUGUGACGAAUGAAGAACUUCAGACCGCAAUGUGUGGAGCUGAAAGACUGGUAAACUCACGGUCCAUCACUUAUGUGAGUUCAGAUCCAAACGACCCGUCCCCACUUACUCCAAAUCAUUUUAUAGUCGGACAGAUCUGUGGGGUAUUUGCUCCUGAAGCUCUUGAUCAAGUUGAAGCGAACAACCCUAGGAAUCGCUGGCAUCGAGUACAACAAUUGUUACAGCUGUUCUGGAAGCGCUGGAGAAAGGAGUUCCUUCCACGUGCACGUCUUAAUGUAAGCAAGAAAUGGUUUCAUCCCAAACAUAACCUGAAACAAGGCGAUGUGGUAUUGAUUGCUGAACCCAAAGCAAGUAGGGGAGAAUGGCCUCUUGCCCGUGUGAUCGAAGCGUAUCAAGGAAGUGACGGCCUAGUCCGAGUUGUAAAGGUGAAAUCCAGGAACAAAGAAUAUUUCCGUCCUAUACAUCGACUGUGUCCUCUCGAGUAUGUUGACGAACAUUCGGACAAUGAAGAUAGAUAA